AACAAACGAACGAAGAGAUGGAGCCAUCUGGCAACGAGACUGAAAGCAUCCCUGAUUACUUGGACAGAAAUAUAUUUCCGGUCUUAUUAAGCGCGAUGGAGGAGACGCUGAUCGAGGCUCAUCGCCGAGAUGCUCUGGAAGGCAAGUGCUUCUUCAACGCGUUGGACUGUCUUGCGGAGAUCCUGUGGAAUCGUAACUCGCUCUAUUCGAGUAGAUCGCGCACCUGGGUGGAUGUUUUUAGCAUACCACAGUUUAAAUUAUGGCUGCAGUCGCAUCCUAGACCAAUUUAUCCGAAAUCGUGGCUGUGGACCAAAGAGGAGGCUGCUUUACGCAUACAGAGUUACAUUCGUGGUUGGCUCGUUAGAAAAAGGGCGGAUGUUCAGGAAAUGCGUCAGUUUUGGAAGAUCAUUAGGGCGGAGAAAACUGAACUCUCUAUCCCUGAGUCCAACUACAUGUCCAAUAAAACAGACUGCCAGAAGCCAGUCUGAUUUUAUCGCUCACUUUAUUUUCCUUCCUAAGAUAUUUCUUGUCGCAAGGAAUAAUAUAUAAGACAGUUGGUUUCCAUUCUUAACAAUUAUAUACUUCAAAUACAACAAAAC